AUGCAUCCUUGCUGGAGAAUUGCCCACCGGAUCCUAUCCACAUCUAUCUUUGCUCGUCACGAGCCGAGACAAAUCAACACCGUUGAGUUGUAUUUUCUCUAUUGCAUGUCGCGCCACCGUUGGUCUUUGACCGAUUUUGCCACUUUCUUUUUAGACAAAUGUGACAGCCUCAGGACGAAGACCACUGCAUCAGAAUAUGUACCAGUGGAUGAUCCACCUCUUUACCUUCUCGAUUGCAUUACUCUCAUGCGGAUGGAAUUAAUUCUACCUCAUCCUAAUCUUCUUGGAUAUUUCUCUUGGCUAAACCAUGUCAAGGACCCAGUUUACAUCUUACCCAAUCCAAGUCUCUCCACCUUCACCACCAAUGACCCCGAAACAUGGUUUUUGCCUCAAGACUUGCCAGACGAUGAUGACGCAGUCGCGGAUGAUGACAUGCAGGUGGAUCCUGACAAUUCUGAUAGCCCAUUCGAGGCCGAAGACCAUUAUGAUCUUCCAAUCCGCCAGCUACCUCCACCUCAUCCAGCUCAAGCUUCCGGGUCACACUUUCAGCCCUCGCGAGAACACUCCCAGCCACAGUAUGACUACCAUUCACACCAGCAACCCAAUGAGCCCGACCCUGCACACGAAUUUCCUCUCGAUAUUUACAGCCAGCUUGCUUCCUUGAGCCUUCAAGGCAAUAGAAACACCGCAGCCAUCCAUCGCAUAGAGGAACAACAAGCACGCACCCACACUUACAUGGAGGACCUAUGGUAUCAUUUUCGGCCCGAGGACGGUUAUCCUCCUCGCGGACCUCCUCCAUCUUGA